CGCCUGUUAGCAGAUUGUUUCCCUCUCACAGGAUCGAGACGCGUCUCCAAAUCAGGACGUUACAGCAGGGGUCACCAACGUGGCGCCCGCGGGCACCGGGUAGCCCUCAAGGACCACACAAGCCGCCCGCAGGUCUCUUCUGAAAACAACACAACUCACUUAAGAGCUGCAUCUAAAAUUAACAUUCUGUUGCUACUUUCUAAAACGACACUUGUAUUUACAUAGAUUUAAAACUUCAAAUGUCUUAUAAACAUGUUCAGGAAACAUGAACUUUAAAUACGUUCUGGUGACCUCUGACCUACUGCAGUUCAAAGAUCAUUCAUUUUGUUAAAAUGCUGCAGAUUUGGUCAUUAGUUCAAAAUGUGAGAAGAUUUGUUUAAAAAUGUGCACGUUGAUUUUUCUUUAACAUCACAUAAUCGAUAAACAUGGAACAACACAGAAAAUGAGACAUUUUCCAAUGAAAUGUAAGUAAUCAUAUUAAAAUGUAACAAUUAUUGAGAUUAUUUGAGUGGUGACUAUUAAUAUCUGUUUCCUAGCUUGUUGUCAUUGUUGAUAAUUAUGGUGAGAAAUUAGUCUUCACAUAGAGGAGGAUCAUUAUUCAUUAUUAAUAAUGUAGAACUAACUAUAACUAAGCAAAAUUUGUCAUUUCAAACCUGUAGCCCUCCAUAUGACUCAAUACCAUGAAGGAGCCGUCAGGUUCAAGAAGGUUGGUGACCCCUGUGUUAACGAUUCAGCGGACUCUGUGUCUGGACCACACAGUCCAGGUCUCUUAUUCAUUCAUCUGGUGUUUGAAACUAUGCAUCAAAAUGCCUUCUAACAGUUUUAAUCCUAAAUUCUUUUAAUAAGUCCUCUAUUAUGAGAACAAUGCUACAAGAACAUGUUAAAACUCAAAAAAUAAGAUUCAUCAGCCGCUUUACAAACUCAGAAACUUUCAAUGGCCUUUGUAUAUUAUAACCUAAGUUUUAGUGUUUUUAUUAUUUGUAACAUAAUCUAUACAUGGAUUUAACCAAUUCCUUUACAUGGAUUAGAACUGUAUAUGUUUAUAUGCAGUAACCAAACAGAAAUAUGAUCCCGCUGGAUCACUUUAUGCUUCAAAAAGUACAUUUUCCAUAACAUAAAUGCUGAGCACAUUUCCUGAAUUCUAUCCAGUCGGUUUAUGUUUCUCACUCCUCUGAAUUCCACCUGCUGUGAACGUAACAACACAGUGUUUCCUCGUGGAGAGCUGCUUAUCAAACCAUAAAUCUUUGUCCGUGCACGCGUCGCAAGCAUGUGCUCUUUUUUCCAUCCGCCUGUGAGGGUAAAUAUUAAAGACAUUUGACCUGGUAAUCUUUCUCAGUAGGAGGCCAUUAAACCACUCCUUUCUCAAAUUCUCUGGGUUAUAGAGAUCCACUUCACCUGAAGUUGACUUUAGGAUUAGAUCUGUGACUCUCCAGAGUUUGUUGACGCACUGAUGACGACCGUUUUAGAGCUCCUCCACAUACAGAGACACACUUUCCACCCCGAUACUCCUGCAGCCUUUGGUUCUGAAGGCCCAGACCAACGCAGGAGGGUUCAAAGACCUGGUUCUCGUCCAAACCCUCCUUGUUCUGGUCUAAACCCUCCUGGUUCUAGUCUAAACCCUCCUGGUUCUAGUCCAAACCCUCCUGGUUCUAGUCCAAACCCUCCUGAUUCUAGUCCAAACCCUCCUGGUUCUAGUCUAAACCCUCCUUGUUCUAGUCUAAACCAUCUUGGUCGUAGUCUAAAUCUUCCUGGUUCUAGUCCAAACCCUCCUGGUUCUAGUCUUAACCCUCCUUGUUCUAGUCUAAACCAUCUUGGUCGUAGUCUAAAUCUUCCUGGUUCUAGUCCAAAGCGUCCUGGUUCUAGUCCAAACCCUCCUGGUUCUAGUCUAAACCCUCCUGGUUCUAGUCUAAACCCUCCUGGUUCUAGUCCAAACCCUCCUGGUUCUAGUCCAAACCCUCCUGGUUCUAGUCUAAACCCUCCUGGUUCUAGUCUAAACCCUCCUGGUUCUAGUCUAAACCGUCCCGGUUCUAGUCCAAACCCUCCUGGUUCUCGUCUAAACCCUCCUGGUUCUAGUCUAAACCCUCCUGGUUCUAGUCUAAACCGUCCUGGUUCUAGUCCAAACCCUCCUGGUUCUAGUCCAAACCGUCCUGGUUCUAGUCCAAACCGUCCUGCUUCUAGUCCAAACCGUCCUGGUUCUAGUCUAAACCCUCCUGGUUCUAGUCUAAACCCUCCUGGUUCUAGUCCAAACCGUCCUGGUUCUAGUCCAAAGCGUCCUGGUUCUAGUCUAAACCGUCCUGGUUCUAGUCCAAACCCUCCUGGUUCUAGUCCAAACCCUCCUGGUUCUAGUCCAAACCGUCCUGGUUCUAGUCCAAACCCUCCUGGUUCUAGUCUAAACCCUCCUGGUUCUAGUCUAAACCGUCCUGGUUCUAGUCUAAACCCUCCUGGUUCUAGUCCAAACCGUCCUGGUUCUUGUCCAAAGUUUCUCCGUUUUUACAAAAACAGUUUUUCUGUUUGUAGCACUUCGUUAAUAUCCAAAAUGAAUUAAGGAAAUUAUUUAACUAGAUUAAACUUCAAAAGAGUUGGUUCGGCUGCUGGAGCUGGGUGUGCAGUGAAACGAAUUGACACUGUUGUGAUAUCAAGCUUUGUAUUUACAAAAGAAAAUAUUUACAACAGUGCACAACAAUACAAUCAAGAAAGUAAGUCAGUUCUGUUUUUUCCGAUACAGUUCACUUGCGUGAGACCGCAGCAACGUUCCUCGCCAACAGCAGCAGUGUUGGUCAGUAGAGAGAAGAUCCGUCCCGGAAAUCCAUUCAAUCUUCUCCACUCGGGGGAAGUAGAUCCAACUCUUAGGCCUCCAAGCCUGGUAGCUCGCCAACCGGGAUCUCUCCUCUACUCGGAACCUGGCCUAGAGCGUCCCAUAAAACAGCGUUUACAUAACAAAAGAAAAACAAACAAGAGCGCUCACACAACAUGUACAAUGCUAACAUCGCCUUCACUCACCAGUCCCGAGGUGAAACUGACGUAAAGUCAGAUUGUCUAAUUGACAACACCGAUCAACCGCUCAGUAGUCCUGCAGCCGCUUCCCUGUAUCGCUGACAGGCUUAUGCAGCCAGACCCGCGUCAGCUGAUUUUAAAAGAGUCAGCUGAUCCCAGGACUCCGCGUGAUUGGCUAAUCAAGUCCCAACCAUGCAAACAAUCUAAAAGGGACCCAGCUGAUAUGUGUUACAUGUUGGAUAAUGGAAACUCCCUUCAGAUCCGAGUGUGACGCGUCUCUGACCUCCUCGCCGUCUCAACCAAUCCUGAGUCUGAC